UCACAGACACAGCCUGCGCCUUUGAUACCCGAUAUAGCUCGGAGUCACAAACGCUACGAUCGCAAAAACGGUGCGAGUCCCGUGCUUGCAGCUCCGACUCCAGACCGAGUCAGGACCAUGGGCAUCUCGCAAGUCCACGAACAUCAUACAUCUCGACGUUACCCUAGGUCAACGUUCAAACGCUUGUGUAGUAGAAAUUUCCUCUUCGGGACCACGGUAGUAACAAGGAAAAAAACCUCAUCACAGACACCCAGACAUCUAGACACUGUUAAGGCCCCAAAUUUCCACAACCUCCGCACUCAGUCUAUUGAAAAAAGAAAAAUUCGCCGUUACUCUAGACUUUUCUCAGCCCAAGAAUGUAAUCGGGGCCCGCAAAACGCAAUCAUCUAA